CGAUCCGGAGUUCCAGACUCGGAGAUUCCCAUAAAAAGGGGUGAAGCAACAGAUAGUAGGCGGGAAAUGGAAUGGAGAAUCGCCGGGAAAUAAGGGAGGAGACCGCUGCCGCCGAACAAGCUACAGAGCAGCGAGCUGGAUUUUCUAGUGCACUUUCUGUUCAGCUGGUGAAGGACGGUGGUGUUGCGGCGUCUUCGGAGCGCGGAAAGUCGAGCUUGGUGGUGAGAAUGAGAGGAGAUGAGCAGGUGAUACUGUGGGAUCGGUUUCUACCUCGGAGGCUCCUUUCGGUGUUGCUCGUCGAGAACGAUCAGUCCACCAGGCAUAUAGUUACUGCUAUGCUCAGGAAAUGUAGCUACCAAGUUGCUGCAGUUGCAGACGGGCUCAAAGCUUGGGACGCCCUGAAGGAGAAACACUACAAUUUUGAUCUUGUCUUAACUGAAAUGGUUAUGCCCUCUCUCUCCGGGUUUGGUCUUCUUUCCAAGAUGAUGAACAAUGAGAUGUGCAAAAAUAUUCCUGUUGUCAUGAUGUCUUCUCACAAUUCCACAACGAUGUCUUCUCAUGAUUCCCUUGGCAUAGUGUUUAAAUGCAUGCUGAAUGGUGCUGCAGACUUUCUAUUGAAGCCAGUUAGAAAUAACGAACUAAGAAACUUAUGGCAGCAUGUCUGGAGGAAGUAUCAUGCUACACUUGAGACUGUGUCUGACAAUAUUGCUCCUAUCAAUCAUGGAAGUUCAAAUACUGAUAAGGGAUCUAGAACUGGGGGUGGUUCUGAUAAUGAAAGUGAUUCGCAGAGAUCUUUUAGUAAUCUAGAAGAAAAAAAUGGAGGUGCACUGAAGCUAAGGGAGAAUUCUGAAGGUGAAAAUGGGAAUUUCGUUCAAGAAAUUGACUUGGAAUCAACAAAGCUUGAAUGCGAUAAGGCAACAGGGGAAGAAAUGAAUGUGUCUCUAUCAAUUCAUGUGGCAAAUUCAACACAAAAUAUUUUGAAGGCCAAUGGUUUCUAUAAUGAAUCCCCAUGUAGCGAGGAAUACCGAGCCUCGUCCAGAAGUAGGGAUGGUUCCAUUAUUGAUUUUGAGCUUCUUGAUCAAAUUGGGAGAACAAAUGAACCUUCAAAAGAAAUUAUUGAUUUCAUUGGGGCAACAAUCAUUGAACAAAACAAGUUUCCCAUCUUGGAACACAAAGAUCACGCAGAAGAUAUCUUCUGUAAAAAUGAGAAAUCCUCAGUUGAAAAGAGAAGCACACUCAAUUCUGGUUCCUCACAGUCGUGGAAGCUUUCUUUAUGGGGACCACAACUUGAAUUCAACGAUGAUGAAGUUUUUCAGGAGGAGCAUGUGCUGAAUCAUUCUCAUGCAUCAGAUUUUUCAAGGUAUGGGGGUGGAAAAAUCCAUGUUACUGGUGCUAGUGGGAGCAAUGUCUGCAAUGAUGAUACAAGUGUAGUCAUCAAAACAGGAACUGCUCUUGAUAGUGGGAAUGGAAAUGAUUUCCAAGAUGGUAACGGCGAAGGUUUGGACAAUAGCUGUUCUCGACGUCAGGCUGCAUUGAUCAGAUUCCGCUUGAAACGGAAGGACAGAUGUUUUAUUAAAAAGCCACCAAUUGAGCCUAGUUCAAAUCUUUGGCCUGAAUAUGUGGUUAGGUAUCAAGGUAGACAAAAGCUGGCAGAGCAACGCCCACGCUUAAAAGGUAGAUUUGUGCGUCAAGCAAAUCAGCCAGAUUGUUUCAGAAUUGGAUGAUUGAGCAAAGCCAUUUACCCAAUUUGAAAUAUUGUGAGAGGUUGAUAUCCAGGGCCUUAAAACUUUUCUACAUCGAAUUAAUAAUUUUUAGCCCUUACAUUGCAGGAAUUGAUAGCAUUUUUUUUGGGGGGGGGGGGGUUGUUUAAAAUCCCAAUAAUUGCUGUACUAUAUUCAUUGGUUCCAUCUGAUACAUUAUGAUAUAUGGUUUCCAAACUAGGAUUAAUGACAUGGGAUUAUCUGUUAUCUGUCAAUGAAUAAAGUCCUUGCACGACAGGACUAACUUUACAGUUAA